AUGUGUGCUUCUCUGGAUCCAAUUGAUUGGCCAGCAACACGUGCUGAAGCUCACAAGAUGCUGGAUGUCGCAUUAAAUUUUCUGGAAAAUGCUCGUGAUCGUCCCGCUUGGACUCCUUUGCCAACUGAUGUACGUCGUCGACUUUUGUGUGAAGCUCUGCCAGAACAUGGAAAGCCUAUUGCAGAGGUAUGCCAAGAUAUGCUUGAUGAUGUUUUACCUUAUUCUGGUGGAAACACACAUCCUCGCUUCUGGGGUUGGGUGCAUGGAUCGGGUACGGUGGGAGGUGUUAUUGCCGAAAUGAUGACGGCGACAAUGAACUCAAAUGUGGGUUUGUGCAGUCAUAGCGGAGUACUUAUCGAACGACAGGUGAUUGAAUGGAUGCGACAAUUAUUCGAAUUUCCAGCAGAGACUGGUGGCGGUGUUAUUGUCAGUGGAACAUCGAUGGCAGCAGUCAUUUGCUUAGCUGUAGCUCGCUACCAUGCCCUGAACAAAGUAAGACAAGAGGGCUUAUUAUCGUUGGGUGUUCGAUUGACAGCUUACUCUUCAACACAAACACAUGUAUGUGUAGCCAAGGCUCUCGAACUUUUGGGCUUGGGAAUCCAGGCACUGAGACUAGUGCCUGUCGAUGAAGAAUAUCGAAUGGAUAUUCAAGCACUCAAAAAUAUGAUUCACGAGGAUCGUCAGCAAGGUUUCACACCGUUCUGUGUUGUUGGAAAUGCAGGCACCGUAAGCACUGGCGCUUUCGACGAUUUAGCUGCUCUAGCAACUGUAGCAAAAGAAAACAACAUCUGGUUUCAUGUUGAUGGAGCCUUUGGUAAAAUUCCAGAAUUUUCAAAAACUACAACACCUGUCACCACCAGUCUAGUGGCUUGA